AUGGGCAAACACAGUUUUCUUCUCAUCUUCUUAUUACCCUUCGUUCUUGAACACACAAUUCCUUUAGUGUGUGAAGCUAGCGAUGAUGAUAUUCAAGAUCAUAAACUUUACAUCAUAUACAUGGGUUCACUUCCAGUUGAGAGAGAUUCUUCUAAUUAUUAUUCUCCAACCUCUCACCACCUCAGCAUGUUGCAACAGGUUGUGGGUGCAAGCGAUGUGACAAAGCACCAUGUUAGAAGCUACAAGAGGAGCUUCAACGGUUUUGCAGCGAAACUCAGUGAAAAACAGAAAGAAAUGAUUGCUGCCAUGGACGGUGUUAUUUCAGUUUUUCCAAGCAAAACUCUUCAGAUUCAAACGACGAGGUCAUGGGACUUCAUAGGGUUCCGGGAAUCAGUUAAAAGACAACAAAAAGAGGAGAGUGACUUGGUGAUCGGAAUCAUUGACAGCGGAAUCUGGCCAGAAUCUGAUAGUUUCAGCAACCAAGGUGGUGGUCUUAUUCCGGAAAAAUGGAAGGGUCAUUGCAAAGGUGGUGCUAACUUCACUUGCAACAACAAGAUUAUCGGGGCACGAGUCAAUAGCCCUCAUUACAGUGUUACAGUAGAUGACAACACUGUAAGAGAUAGUAUGGGUCACGGAACCCACACUGCCUCAACGGCGGCUGGAAACAUUGUCACCGGUGCAAGCUACUAUAGACUCGCAGGAGGCACUGCAAGAGGAGCAGUUCCAUCUGCAAGGAUAGCUGCAUACAAAGUUUGCUAUAAACAAGGAUGCACCGACGCUAAUAUUUUAGCAGCUUUCGAUGAUGCCAUAGCUGAUGGAGUCGACAUCAUCAGCAUCUCAAUCGGAGGUGACAAAGUCGUUGACUUAGCAAAGGACGCUACCGCAAUUGGUUCCUUCCAUGCAAUGGAGAGAGGGAUUCUCACAGUGCAUUCUGCAGGGAACUCUGGUCCUGCUUCAGCCUCUAUUUGUAGUGUGGUGCCGUGGUUGUUGACUGUCGCAGCUAGCACCACAGAUCGCCAGUUCAUUGACAAGGUGGUUCUCGAGAAUGGGAUGACAUUGAUUGGAAGGUCAGUGAAUGCCGCCAUUUCAAAUGGGACAAAGUUUCCUAUUGCUAAGUGGAAUGCAAGUGAUGAAAUAUGCAGAGGAUUCUUUGACUUGUGUCAAUGUAUAGGAAGCGAGAGCGUGAAGGGAAAGGUGGUUUUAUGCGAAGGUAUGAUGAAUGAUGAAGCGGCUUAUUUAGACGGUGCAGUUGGUUCAAUCACCGAGGAUUUAUCGAACCCCGAUAAUGACGUGUCUUUUGUCACUUAUUUUCCUUCAGUGAACCUAAAUCCAAAAGACUACGUUGUUGUCCAAAACUACACAAAUUCAGCAAAAAAUCCUAAAGUUGAGAUAUUGAAGAGUGAGAUUUUCAAAGAUCGCAGCGCUCCGAAGGUUGGUAGCUUCUCAUCCCGUGGGCCGAAUCCCUUGAUUCCGGAGAUCAUGAAACCAGAUGUGAGUGCCCCCGGGGUGGAUAUCUUGGCUGCGUGGUCACCAGAAGCAUCACCCUCAUCGUAUGUUAGCGACCAGAGAAAGGUAAGGUACAAUGUGUUGUCUGGAACAUCAAUGGCAUGUCCUCAUGUCACUGGAGUAGCCGCGUAUGUGAAAUCAUUUCACCCGGAUUGGUCACCGGCGGCUAUUAAAUCCGCAAUCAUGACUACAUCAGAUCCCUUGAAUGGGAAUUAUAAUAUGAUUGGUGAGUUCUCUUAUGGAGCUGGGAAUGUCAAUCCAGUAAAAGCUACUGACCCUGGGCUUGUAUAUGACAUUUCCAAGACAGACUAUGACAAAAUUCAUUGCAACUAUGGUUAUAAGGUUGUUGCUGGAGCUAAUUCAGCUAGUUGUCAUGGCUUGGUGAAAGAUUUAAACUACCCUGCAAUAACUGUAAAUGUUGAGCCUUUAAAGCCUUACAUUAUCAAGGUUAAUAGAAUAGUGACGAAUGUUGGAUUUCCUCACAACUCGACCUACAAGGCUAUUGUCUCGCCGAAUCCGAAAAUGAACAUCACGGUGGAGCCUGAGGUUCUGAAGUUCGAGUCGUUGUAUGAGAAAAAAUCUUUUGUUGUCACUGUAGCUGGAGGAGGAUUGCAAAGAGAUAGUGCAAUUUCCUCAUCACUUGUGUGGUCAGAUGGCAAACAUAAUGUGAAGAGUCCAAUUAUUCUAGAGAGACUUUCACAAAUUAAUUAUACAAACUGA